CACGUCCAAACAAGCCCCCGGAUCUUUCUGCCUCUCUCGUAUCUACCACUGAACCUCCGCUUUACUCGGUCUUUCAUUAAUUUCUGACAGAAGACAUAAUUAUAAGCCACACAGCAAUGGCUAGCGAAGAGGGUGCAUCUCCGCGAGAGCUUAUUGUCGAAGCUUGCCGUCGUGAUCAACCACAUCUCAUAGAGCAGGUUCUCCAGGGCAUGGACAGCCAGUCGAAUGAGGAGGUUGCAGCUUUCUUCAAUGGAGUCACGGACGCAUUAGGCAACCAUGCCCUCCACGUAUGUGCGAUGUAUGGAAGUUAUGAUACUAUGGAUUCCCUCUUUGAUAUUCAGUACUUCGAAUGCGACCCGCUCACGCGAAUGGACAAAGACACCCCGCUUCAUACCGCUGUGCGGUACGCCAAUGAAAAAGAUGCCGAACUCGGGUUGGCGAUGAUCGAAAUGAUGUGCGAGGCCGGCUGUGAUCCCCGGGUGAGAAACAAGCACGGCCAGAAACCUGUGGACUUGGUCUACAAUAAGCAGGAUAUCAAGUCGGCUCUGCAAAAAGCCGAAUAUAUCCUGGCAGAGGGAAUUCGGGAAGACCCAGACAAUCAUGAUGGCGAUAGUGCCAGCGACAGCGACUAAGCAGGCAGAAGUCGUCGAGCACCAGAUGUACGGCUGUUCUUCCAUUCACAUCUUUUUUUUUU